UGCUUGUGUGUGUAUGUAUGUGUAGUUGGCGAAAUUGCAUUCGCUAGGGUUUAUUUCGUAGAGAGAGAGUGCAUAACUAGACGCUCAGUGAGCGUGCGAGCACACAAAAAACGCAAAGCUAACAAAAAUUGUAAGACAAGUCCAAUCUCCCACCCAUAAACACAACCACGACCACAAUUGUACAUAUUUACAUAAGGCCAAGUGGCAGUUGCAGUGGCCAAAGUGCAGAGCAGAGCAGAGCAGACAACAAGAAAUGUAAAUCAAAUUAAGGCGGCCCGACCAGCAGAAGGGUUAAACCGUGUACAUAUAUACAACAAUCAAUUGAACUAAAACAGUGCAAAAUGACACGCCCUUGAUCUUUCAAGCGUUUUUUCUUACACCCGAUGAGCAUCCCUUCCAAAUUUUCAAACACAUAUGCACGUACAUAUGUACCACAAUAAAGACGCCGACAUAGACGACGACACACACACUCACAAAAAGCACGAUGUUCAACUUUAUGAAGAAAAACGCUGGCGAUGAGGAGAAGGAACGUCGCAAGCGCGAAAAGAAAUUGCGCAAAGAGGCUAAAGGGAGCGUCACGGGGAGCAUGAGCACCGAUGAGUUGCUGCGCCUGGAUGAGGUGCGUCGUUCCCUUAAGAUACGCGGUCGCCGCAAAGAGAAGGAGAAACUUCCCAGUGGCAUAACUGCCGACUAUAGUGCCGAUUUCUUUGCUGCCCUCAAUGCUGAUGCCAGCAGCGGAAAUGGAACUGGGCCCGAGCAGGAUCGUGGCAAUGAGGAAAUUGUAGCAUCUGUGAUGACACACAUUGAGAGUCGUGCCAUGAACGGAGGUGGGGGUGGUGUCAACUACAGCGAAAUAACACAUUCCACUUUGGCCGCAGGACUUAAGAAUCGCUUUAUGCCGCCGGUGCCACCAAAGCCGCCCAAGCGCGGCAUCUUGAAAGGGUCCCGUAGCAACAUGAGUAAUGUGCACGAGGAGAUUGCGUUUCCUGUAGGUGGCACACCAGAGUUGCUCAUACGCAACACCAUGCAAAAUGAGCUUUUGUACGAGAGCAGCGGCUCACGGGGUGCGGCCGGCUCCAUUGGCUCAAAUUCCAGCCAUCAUGGCACCUCGUUUACUUCCGUUGAGAGCUUGAGAAGUGAUGGCGAGCAUCCGCCUCAACAGCGCGCAAUGACAUUGCCGGCCAAUGCACGAUACGGUGCUUUGCAGACAGCGGAUGGCAGACAAGCUGGUGGGACUUUACAUCUGCACGUCUUGACAUCACCGUCACCGAGCGCGGACAGUCUCACAGAUACCACAAACUCCUCGUUUGCCACGCCGCCCUUCUCGCUGAGUCCUGUGGGCGAAUCGCAGGGCAUUGAUCGCUGGGCCCGAGUACACGCCUUCGAGGAUGUCGACUUGCCCCUGCCGCCGGUCAAGUUGGUGCAACUGCCCCCGCCUAGGGAGCUGGUCAUACACCGUCAAAAAUCGCCAAGGCAGGAUUUUGGUUUCAGUUUGCGCAAAGCCAUCUGCUUGGAUCGCACCGAGUCACUGACUGCACCCACAUUCCGGCCCGUUAUUUUUGCUGAGCCUGGUGCGGGGGGCGGUGCUACGGGUCUAUUGCCUGGCGACCGAUUGAUCAAGGUCAAUGGCACGCCUGUGGUUGAGCUCUCACGUGAGAUCAUCAUUGAGAUGAUACGCAACAGCGGCGACUUCGUCACUGUGGAGGUGCAGCCUGUUGCCGAGCUGGUGGAACUGAGCAAGCGUUGCAUGGCACCAAGUUCGGCAACUGUUGAGGAAAUCGAUCAUUCCAUUACAAAUGGAAACUGCAAUACACUAAGACGCAGCGCUAGCAAACGCUUCAAACGACAGAGUCGGCAUGAGAGCGACGCAACUAAUUUCAAGUUGGAUGACGUUGACAAUGCGCUGCCAGAACGCGUUUGGUUAGUGCACCGAGGAGGCUUUACUGCUGCACUGCGUCAGCAAAACACGGCGAUAUCGACAGAGGAGCAGCAGCAUAAGGUGACAAUACGACUGCUUCACAAUGGCGAGGAGUUGACCGUCGACGAGGAUGAUAUAGAAAAGCAGAAUUCACCGAAUCUCGAUCUGGUCGAGGAUAUCUGUGAGUUGAAGUAUCUAAAUGAGGCAUCUGUGCUGCACUGUCUGCGCCAACGGUAUGCUAGUAAUCUUAUCCACACAAAGGCGGGGCCCACGUUGCUGGUGGUCAAUCCAAUGGCGCCGCUAUCGCUCUACUCCGAAAAAGUUGUCUCCAUGUUUCGCGGCUGCAAAACUGAGGAUAUGCCGCCGCACGUCUAUUCGCUUGCUCAAACCGCCUACCGGAGCAUGUUAGAAACCCGACGCGACCAAAGCCUCAUAUUCAUGGGGCGAUCUGGUUCUGGCAAAACGACAAGCUUUAAACAUGCGCUAAACUACUUGGCGUUGGUUGCUGGGGCGUAUAACAAUUUUCUAAAUGCGGAAAAAGUCAAUGCGCUCUGCACGAUUCUGGAGGCCUUUGGUAACACAAGGACAUGCCUAAACACAAAUGCUACACGUCUGACGCAGUUGCUAAGCUUAGACUUUGAUCAGACUGGACAAAUUGCGUCGGCCUCGUUGCAAGUUCUGCUGCCGGAACGUCAACGUGCCGGUCGUCGACUGGCCCAUGAGCACAGCUUUCACAUUAUGACACGACUUUUGGCCGGGGCCGCGGGACUUUUGCAAAAAGAGCUGCACUUGGAGAAUAUUUCGUCCGAGGACAAUCAUCCAUUCAUUUCGUUGUCACAGAAACUCGAGGAACGUCAUCGUUCUGCCAACGAUUUCAUGCGAACUGUGGAGGCCUUCGAAACACUUAACAUUGACGCAAAGGCUGUGCGUGGUAUUUGGAGCAUUCUGGCUGCCAUUUACCACCUCGGCAUUGCAGGCAUUACCAAAGUGGGGGCUGGCGUAUCGGCACGCACCCAAUUCGCCAAUCCGACAGCUGCACGCAAAGCAGCCGGUCUACUAGGCGUCAAUCUGGAGGACUUGUCCUCCGCGGCCUUUGGCCUGACGCAGCCAAAUGCCAAUGGAGGCGCCAGUUUGAGUCCUUCGAAGUCACCCACAUCCGAUGGAAACGAAUGGGCUUGGGAAUGCUUAGAGGCACUGGUAAUAGGCCUUUACUCAGAGGCUUUAGCAGCAGUGGUGGCGCUCAUCAAUCGGCAAAUAUGCACAUCGGCGCACACAAUUGCCUCAAUUUUGCUUAUCGAUACGCCUGGCUUUCAAAAUCCAGCCAGCUGUGGUCAACAGGUGGGCGCUUCUUUAGCAGAUCUACGCCAUAAUUAUCUGCAGGAGCGCCUGCAGAUGCUCUUCCAUCACACAACCUUGGUGGCGCCACGAGAUCGCUAUGCGCAGGAGCUCGUUGAGAUUGAAAUGGAGCACGCACCGGAGUGCAAUCCCGGUCCAUUAAUAUCUCUCAUCGAUAAAGCACCACAAAAUCAUGUGGUACGCUCAUCGCAACGCGACUUGCGGGAUCAUGAUCGACGGGGCUUGCUGUGGUUGCUCGACGAGGAGGCCAUAUAUCCGAACUCCAACGAUGACACAUUCCUUGAGCGUCUGUUCUCCCAUUAUGGCGACCGCGAGCAUCACCUGCUUUUGGGCAAGUGUGCCGGGCGGCGACAGUUUGUGCUUCAUCAUUUGCAGGGCACCAAUCCGGUGUUGUAUGCCGUCGACGGUUGGGUGCGGCACAGUCGUGAGCAUCCGGGAAUACGCAAUGCUGUGUCCUUGCUACAAGAUAGCAGUCGUGAUGAGAUCAAUCGCUUAUAUAUUGGUUCGUUGACCAGAGGCUCUGGCGCCAUGGUCUUCUGUGGAUCCUUUGCCGGCCUAGAGGGCACACAAUCAUUAAGAAGGGUAUCCAGCAUCAGACGCUCCUUCACUACGGCAGGUGUGAAACGCAACUCCAUCAUGCUGCAGGUGAAGUUCACAGUAGAUGGCAUUAUUGACACACUGCGACGAACAGGAACCCACUUUGUUCACUGCUAUCUGCUGCAACAUAAUGCGGGAAAGCACAAAAAAUAUGGCGCGAACACCUCGCCCAACACAUCAGUCCCAGCGGCAAGCGAGGCGUCCGAAGAGGAGAUGAUUAAUGUGCCACUGUUAAGGAGUCAGCUACGUGGCUCACAAGUUUUGGAGGCGGCCCGCCUGCAUCGCUUGGGUUUCCCCGAAUCCGUGCCAUUGGUGGAGUUUGUGCGUCGUUUUGGUCUGCUGGUUGGUGAGCUGGCCAACAAAGAUGUCACUGUGGAACAAAUAUUGGCAGUCAACGAGAUUGACGUUGCCAGCUAUCGAAUCGGACCUAGUCAGAUUCUCUUCCGCUCGGGCGUAUUAAAUGAGCUUGAGGCCAAACGAGAUGUUUUAUUAUCCGAUCGCAUUAUACAGCUGCAGGCCUUCUGUCGUGGAUAUUUGGCACGCAAAAAAAUGUCACAGCGACGCGUACAAGAACUUGCGGUACGCUGCAUUCAACGCAAUGUGAAGGCAUUUUUGGCGGUACGUGAUUGGCCUUGGUGGCGUUUGUUGGUCCGAGUGACUCCGCUCCUCAACGUCCAUCGGACCGAAGAGCAACUAAAGACGGCAAACGAGGAGCUGCUCAUGCUGCGUGCCAAGCUGGAGAAAAUCGAAUGCGAUCGCGGUGAACUGAAGGCAGACAAUCAAAAAUUGGAAGCUAAGUUGUCAGAGCUAACAGUCGAUUUAGCUGAGGAACGGUCCACGGCGCAUAUUGCAACCGAACGCCUCGAAGCCGAAUCAGCCGAGCGCUUAAAGCUCGAAAAGGAACUGGACGAGCAGCAGACAAAGGUAAAGAAUCUGCAGGAAACAAGCGAGAAGUUGGAAAUGGAGCUCAUUUGUGCUAAGUCCGAUUUAACCGGCAUAUCUGAGGAUGAGGAUGCGGAUAAUGAGGAGGGCAGCGGUGGAGUCUAUAAAUUGAAAUAUGAACGUGUGGCCAGAGAAUUAGAAUUCACCAAACGUCGCCUGCAAACUCAACACGAACACGAUCUGGAACAGUUGAUCGGUCUCAAGAAACAGUUAGAGAAGAAGCUGGCUGAUGCCUACGAGGAAGUGGAGGAACAGCGUCAAAUAGUUGGGCAAUGGAAACGCAAGGCUCAGAAGAUGACGAAUGAAAUGAAUGAUUUGCGUAUGCUGUUGGAAGAACAAAACGCUCGCAAUAAUUUGCUCGAGAAGAAGCAACGCAAAUUCGAUGUCGAGUGCCAGUCCCUGCAGGAUGCGGCCCGACAGGAGCGACAGGCUAAAGAGCGCUACGGCCGCGAGAAGGACGUACUGCAGGCAGAGAAGUUCACGCUUGAACAAUCAUUGGCAGAUACUCGCUUGGACCUCGAUUUGAAGGAGGAAAAAUUAGCCUCGCUGCAACGAGAACUUGAGGAAAUGACUUUUGGCGGUGGCACUGAAGAGGAAUUCGCUCAGCUGCGUCGCUCCAAAAACGAAGCCGAGCGACGCGUUAAGGAACAAGAUGAGGAACUCGAUGGACUCUCUGGGCAAAUAAUGCUCCUAGAGCAGGCCAAGCUGCGCCUGGAAAUGACCCUUGAAACCAUGCGAAAGGAGGCGCGUCGUGAGUCCCAACAACGCGAUGAAGAGCUGGAAGAGGUUCGCGGCAAUAGCUACAAGAAGAUAAGAGCACUCGAAGAGGAACGCGAGCGUGAACAUGAAGAGCGCACCAUGCUGCUCCGAGAAAAACAUGAGCUGGAGCGUCGUCUAUCUUCCAUGGAGGAUCGUGAUCGUGUAGAGCGUGAUGCCGAGGAGGCGCUGAAUCAGAAGCUGCGGCGUGACUUGCGCAAAUACAAGGCAUUGCUAAAAGAUGCGCAGACGCAGCUGCAACGUUUGAAGGCCGAUACGCCCGGCAAGACGCUAAUACGUCAGUUGCGCAAUCAGCUCGAAGAUGCCGAAUCGGCACGUCAACUGCAAUUGAAGGCUCGCCAAACAGCCGAGGCCGAACUGGCGGAAGUGCAGGCCAUGUUUGACGAAUCUCAUCGUGCUCGUAACGAUGCUGAGGAACGCGCGAAUGCGGCGCAACGCGAUCGUGCCGAGUUGCAAGCCCAAAUCGAGGAGAACGAGGAAGAACUGGGAGAGCUGAUGAAGAAAUAUAGCGCAACAGUUAAGCAACUAAAUACCGAACAAAUAAAUGUGUCGGAAUAUGAAUUUAAACUGACCGAAAUAGAAGCAGAGCGUAAUAAUCUUAAAGAGCAGGUGGCCGAGCUGCAGCACAGGCUGGACAAUGUGGAAAGCAUGGGUGAUCCAUCCAUGGCCAUGAUGUCGAAACGCUUGGAAUUGCGAACUAAGGAGCUCGAGUCCCGGCUUGAACUGGAGCAGGCUACGCGGGCACGUCUCGAGGUGCAAGUCAAUCGUCACAAAGAAGCUCUGGAGAAGUUACAAAACGAAAUGAGCCAGUCGAAGAUGCGGGAAAUGCAAGCACAAGAUGUUCUCAAGAAAUCACAGAAGAACUUGCGGGAAAUGCGUGAGGAGUAUCAUGAGAGUAAGACCCGUGAACAGGAGUCCCUAAUCAAGCGCAAGGACUUGGAAAAGAAAAUUGAGCAGCUGGAGUCGGAGGGUACUGCGCUUAAAAACGAUUUGCGUCUGGCCCUACAGCGCAUAGCCGAUUUGCAGCAGGCUAUGGAGGAGGAUGGGGAAGAGGAACUGAGCGAGAGCGAUGACAGCCUCAGUUCCGUAGGCUCCAUAGCCGAUUUGGAGGAACGUCUGCGCCCCAUUCAGGUGAAACGUAACUCACAGCACUCGUUUAACGGUGGUGGUGUGGGUGGCAAUGAGAGCCUGAUCAGCACCACCCGCACCUUGGUCUGUGAAAAAGAUGACAACAGUCCUAGCUUCUUCUUAUUAUAAACAGAAUAACAGUUACGUCGCCAUCGUCACCACAUAUACACAAGCUGGCAGUGGCGGCCAAAGCCAUACCGGACCCAAAAUCGGGCACAGCAUCAGCGAAAAGUUUGCAGAAUGGUGAAGGCGCCUGAUUCUAUUGAUUAACUAGUAGGAUCGUAGGAUGAUGAUGGGGGCGCACAUGAACGCGGCAGCUGAAGAUUGUAUUUUUUUCAAUUAUUUAUUAGCUUUUUACUAGUUUUUAGUUGAAUAUGUUUAACUAUUUAUUAUCAAACUAGCAAGAUAUAACUAUAAUAAACUAAAUAUACAUAUUAA